UAGAGAUGCGUUUUAGGUUCCGCUCAACUUCGAUCGUAACCGUCCAUUUCAAAAACUAUUUGUCUUCCUCGCGAACUAACCGAACCCAUUCGAAUUCUUCUUCUUCGAAGUUAUCUGCUAGACUGAGUAAUCUCGUUGAGGUGAAACAAGAUCAUGGGCUCAUGGUAAAACGAGGGGCUUACAAUUCUCUGUUCCUUCAGAACAAGCUCUUGCAAGCUUACAUGAAAAGCAGAGGAUUCGAUGAUGCAGACAAGCUCUUCGACGAAAUGCCUAUUAGAAAUAUUGUUACUUGGAACAUUUUGAUUCACGGGGUCAUUCACAGAGACGGCGAGACCAAGCACAAAGCUUGUCUAGGUUUUUGUUAUUUGAGUCGGAUUCUUCUCAGUGGGGUGAGUUUGGAUCAUGUCUCGUUCAUUGGCCUGAUACGGUUGUGUACUGAUUCAAUCCACGUAGAAGCUGGUGUCCAAUUACACAGUUUGCUUUUGAAACAAGGUCUCGAUUCAAAUUGCAUCCUGAGUACCAGUCUCGUUGAUUUCUAUGGGAAAUGUGGUCACGUUUCUGAAGCGAGACAAGUUUUUGAGACGGUUUUGGUUAGAGAUUUAGUGCUAUGGAACGCUUUAGUUUCGUCGUAUGUUCUUAACGGUAUGAUCGAUGAAGCCUUUGGUUUACUCAAGCUAAUGGGGUCCGGAGAUAACAGCUUUACUGGUGAUGAUUUCACUUUCUCCAGUCUUCUCAGUGCGUGCAGGAUCGAGCAAGGGAAGCAGAUACACGCCAUCGUCUUCAAACUGUCAUUUCAAUUCGACAUUCCAGUGGCGACUGCAUUGGUCAAUAUGUAUGCUAAGAGUAACCAUAUGAGAGAUGCUCUCGAGUCUUUUGAAUCGAUGGUUGUGAGAAAUGUUGUGUCCUGGAACGCAAUGAUUGUGGGUUAUGGACAAAAUGGAGAAGGAAGAGAAGCUAUGAGACUUCUUGGUCAGAUGCUCCGUGGGAAUCUCCAACCAGAUGAGUUUACCUUUGCAAGCGUUUUAAGUUCUUGCGCUCAGUUCUCAGCAAUUCAGGAGAUUAAGCAAAUUCAAGCCAUUGUUACUAAAUGUGGCUCUGCAGAUUUUCUUUCUGUGGCUAAUUCUCUGGUAAAUGCUUACUCCAAAACUGGAAAUUUAUCUGAAGCACUUCUGUGCUUUCAAUCGAUCGGAGUACCCAGUCUUGUUUCAUGGACUUCAGUAAUCGGGGCUUUAGCUUUUCACGGGUUCGCGAAAGAAAGCUUGAGAAUGUUUGAAAGUAUGCUGCAGAAACUUCACCCAGACAAGAUCGCUUUUUUAGAGGUUCUGUCUGCUUGUAGCCAUGGGGGAUUAGUUCAAGAGGGGCUUCGUUGCUUCAAACUAAUGACUGAGGUUUACAAGAUAGAACCAGAGGAACAACACUACACCUGUCUGAUCGAUCUUCUUGGUCGAGCUGGGUUCGUCGACGAGGCCUUGGAUGUUUUAAGGUCAAUGCCUAUAGAACCACGCACAGAUGCUUUGGCAGCUUUCACAGGAGCAUGUAACAUCCACGAGAAGAGAGAAUCUAUGAAAUGGGGUGCAAAGAAGCUCCUUGAAAUUGAACCUAGCAAAGCUGUGAACUACUCUCUCUUGUCAAACGCUUACCUCUCUGAAGGCCAUUGGAACCAAGCGGCUCUACUGCGCAAAACAGAGAGGAGAAAUUGCAAUAAUCCCAAAACUCCAGGUUGCAGUUGGGUUGGUGACUAGUCAGUCUAGCAACUAUAACCAUGAUUCAUGAACACAACGAUAAUUGGUUUAGCUUAACAAGCCAUGCAAGUAAAAAAUGUGGAAG